GUUUGUUGACAAAUGUCGGCUGCAACCACUCAACGAACGGAGGAGAUAAACUCUAGAUCUAGAGAAUCUAGAUCUUACUUUUAAACUGCAUUGGUCUAGAUCUAUAUCUAUCAUGGAAAAGCCAGAAAAUUAUCUCAAUCUUUAUGAUGAUGUUUGGCGCUCGGAAGAAUCAGAAGCUAGCCUGCAGGAGUUGGACUUGAGCCAAGAGGCCAGCCCUGUACACAGUGCUAUUGCUGAGGUGUCUAGAGACUAUGUGACUGGCACUCGCAGUCUUCAGGCUCUCACAGACAGUGAUGGGUCAGGCACUGAGCUGACCAGAGGACUAGCUUCAUAUGCUCGCUACCCUGAAACAGCCGCAGGAUUUUCAGACACGGACUGGAACCCUUAUGGCACAGAAUCAGACAGCAACACACCCAGAAGCAAGGGAGGCUCCCGCUUGGCUGGAUCCCAGCUGACCUUUGAACCAGCUCUCCACAGUACUGACCUGCACACUUUAACUCCCAGCCUGGCCAUCACUGACCCAGGCAGUAGCCAGACAACAGGCCAGACUGCAGUGCUGCUGCACCCAGACGUCCAGCUGGAAUUCUCAUCCGACUCUGUCAGUCAGCUGUCAGGAGAGAGACCCUACACCCUGAUCACCCCCUACAAGGUGACCAGCACUGCUGCUGUGGACUACAACCUUCUGCAGAGGGACCUGGAAGAGAUCCAGAAAAGCCUGCAGAGGACUCUGGGCCCUGCAUGUCUGAGACUCUCAGACACAGGGGACAUCAUCCCCAGCACCACAAGCACACCAGAGAAGAGGAGCAGAGCAUGGGCAGCAACUUCAACUGGUCACUCAGCUACGUGGCAAACUCUUGGCCCUGCUAAAGCCUCUAAGGGAGGAGACUGUCUCAAUUCAGAUGGUGCUGACAGUUCAGACAGCUCCGACAGCAGUCACAUGAGUGCUGGCUUCAGGAACUUUGAACUAGAGGCUCACCACAUGGAUGGACUUGCAGGGCAAGUGACUAGGCUUUUAAGACAGCAGAGUUCAGAGUUGAAAGUGCAGGAAAUGGCAGGUGAGAGAAACACCAUGUCCAACUCAGCUGGCUGUAACUUGUCCAGCUCUUCAAGUUUUGACGAGAGCAGUGUCCAGGCAGUAGAAGAUAUCUGCAAGAGGCUGGACAUGUCUGCCCUCAGCUCAGCAGAGACCAGCAGGCUGGCCCCUAAACCUUUCCAAGUCACAGAGGGCAUGAGCAAGUUCUUGUCCUCCCAGCUAAGCAAGGUGACAGAGAGAACAUUUAACCACAGCAUACAGCUGGAGCCCCAGGUAGUCCACUGCUAUCCUCUCUACGCCACAGCUGAGCCAGGACAUCCUCAUACAGACAACAGGCUGGAUCCUGCAUCUGGUCAUCCUACAGCAGAGACCAGCUCUACCAGAGGCAAAGAGAGAUACAGACCAUACAGACCACCGGGCUCACAAGAGGUCUACUACACAGAUACAGAAGCUUGCUCUGACACUACAGCGGAGAGUAGUCACUUAGGUUCUGAUGAUGCUCAAGCACCAAAACUGCCCGAUUCUGUGUUUGGCAGCAGGAGGGAGCCUCCCUCAUCAUCUGGUAUCUAUGGUAACCGCAAGCCUAACUCAAAGGGUGCUGCUCUUGUAACUAUCGAUGAGAAAUGUUCAGUAGAUGAUGAGAUAUCCCCAGCCUUCAGUGGUGAGGGAGAUAAAGAACUGGAGGGAGGCAGGGGGAGUCAUCCUUCUGGCCCUACAGAGGACACAAGACAUCUGGACUCUGAACACAAUGGUCACACUGGAAAAGUAGAUGACACUAGACUAAAUGGGGAUCCAAGACAAGGGGGUGGGGAUCCAAGACAGGGGGGUGGUGACCCACAACUGGGGGGUGGUGACCCACAACUGAGGGGUGGUGACCCACAACUGGGGGGUGGUGACCCAGGAGAGUCCAGACAGGAUGGUAAACUGUACCCAUCACAUCUGGAGGAUGGUGGCAGCAGGCAGAAGGUCAACCACAGAGAAGGUGCCUGGAUGAGAGAAGCCCACCAGCCAGUCCCAUCACCACACAGGCCACAGAAAGCCAGGACUGUGGAGCUGACCUUGGAGAACAUGAGCUCAGACAGUCAGGCAACUGACCUAGAUGAGGAGCCGAUGAGUCGUAGAGCCAGACUACUGAGCCAAGCUUUGGCCCAGAGCUGUGAGACAGACUUGAAUGGGCUGUGGGAAGAGUUCAAGGCCAUGAAUGAGUCAAGUGAGAGCAGCCUGAGCAGCAGCAGGCUGGGAGACCUGGCCGACCUCCUGAGGAACCCGUCACGUCACCUGAUAGCCCAGUACAUGAGGGACAGGGAGGAGUACCGUACACACAGGCAGCUCAGGCAGGCACACAACGCAGGGAGCCAAGGGGACCCCACACGCAGGCAGGCACUCAACGCAGGGAGCCAGGGGGACCCCACACGCAGGCAGGCACUCAACGCAGGGAGCCAGGGGGACCCCACACGCAGGCAGGCACUCAACGCAGGGAGCCAGGGGGACCCCACACGCAGGCAGGCACACAACGCAGGGAGCCAGGGGGACCCCACACGCAGGCAGGCACACAACGCAGGGAGCCAGGGGGACCCCACACGCAGGCAGGCCACCACUCUAGUGGACAAAUCCCAGGCUGGUAAUGGAGGGAAAAGCAAGCAAGUGAAAGUUGCUGAAGGCAUGGAGCGUGUCCGUCAUUGCAUAGCAUUGCAGAGAGAACAGUCGUCUAGUCUUGACCACAGCAGUCCAUUGUCUGGGGACAGCACAAGUGUCAAGGACAGCAGCACAGAAGUUCAGCACAGGAAGAGGUCACACCCACCCAGGUGUGCUCUAGAGCUGCUCAGGCUGGUCAAGGAUGGUCAACUGACAGCUGAUGAAGCCUACUGGCUAGCUCAGCAGAGAAUCAAUCACAAUGGUGUGGACCACAGCAAGAAGCCCCGCCCCCAACACAAUGGUGUGGACCACAGCAAGAAGCCCCGCCCCCAACACAAUGGUGUGGACCACAGCAAGAAGCCCCGCCCCCAACACAAUGGUGUGGACCACAGCAAGAAGCCCCGCCCCCAUCAGCAGUACUCACCUUAUGCCAGAGUGGAGAACUCCAUUGUGCCAUCACUUGAUGUCACAGCUCAUAACAGUAACGAUGGGUACACAGACAAGAGACCUGUCCAGGACCUACCAUCUAAAGACAGUUUUUGGAAGAAAUCUGAUGUUCCCCCUGGUAUAGCUGCCAGUUUGUGGAAAAAGGUGGUACAGAAAGAUCCCCUGGCCAGCAAAACUAACCACUAUGAGGUGGACCCACUUGAAGACAAGAUAGAAUAUGUUCUAGACAACAAGCACCAAACUAACUCUCUCACACUACAGGAAGCUUUUCUAGCCAACAAGCAAAGUUUCAUCUCAAAGUCACGCCAGAGACAGAAGCGACUUCAACUGGCCAGGGAGAGCAGAAGGUUUCAAGAAUGUCUUCGCUUGGAGAGGGAAGCCAUCUUUGCCCAGCAGCCUCCCCCCAGCAGCAAGCCUGCCCACCCAUACAGUGAUAAUUUGUUCCUCCCCAAGAGAAGAGUGUUGACCAGACAGGAGAUGAAAGAAUUAACUCACAAGCGUUACAAGAAGCUGCCUGAAGUCCUUGAGAGACAGGAGCUGGAUCAACGCAAGGCACAGUGUCAGCUCAAUAAACUCAGAGCUCAAAUCUUCAAUCAUAGAGUCCAGAGAGAGACUUUAAGGAAGUUCUGUUUGAGAGGGACCCAUUGACCCAGACAUCUCUAGAGAGGGACCCAUUGACCCAGACAUCUCUAGAGAGGGACCCAUUGACCCAGACAUCUCUAGAGAGGGACCCACUGACCCAGACAUCUCUAGAGAGGGACCCACUGACCCAGACAUCUCUAGAGAGGGACCCACUGACCCAGACAUCUCUAGAGAGGGACCCACUGACCCAGACAUCUCUAGAGAGGGACCCACUGACCCAGACAUCUCUAGAGAGGGACCCAUUGACCCAGACAUCUCUAGAGAGGGACCCACUGACCCAGACAUCUCUAGAGAGGGACCCAUUGACCCAGACAUCUCUAGAGAGGGACCCACUGACCCAGACAUCUCUAGAGAGGGACCCACUGACCCAGACAUCUCUAGAGAGGGACCCAUUGACCCAGACAUCUCUAGAGAGGGACCCACUGACCCAGACAUCUCUAGAGAGGGACCCAUUGACCCAGACAUCUCUAGAGAGGGACCCA